UUAACAGCGUUUUUCAUGGUCGUACAUACUGCGGGGCUCACGCUUUCAAACGACUUGUUGAAUAGCGCGCCAAGCCUGCACGCCACUGGACAUAAAUUUUUCUCGCACAACGCACAGGAACAGAAGCUCAACUAGGAUGCUGCUGAUGCUGUUGCUGCUGCGGCCGCAGUUCGCAUUUAGCAGCGCCCGCAAGUAGGUUACAUAUUUUUUGUCGCUCUCCCAAUUUACAAAAUCCAACUCUGAGAUUACCCACUAAAAUACCACAUACAUUUUCGAGCCCGUGUAGAUAUAAUAGUUAAGCAACAUGGAGUACAAACUGAUCACAGCGGACCAGUUCGAGCGAGUGAUCGAACAUUUGCGUGGCAAUUUUUUUGCCGACGAGCCGCUGAAUCGUGCCGCUGGCCUCUGUCAGCACGGCGGUGGCAACGCGGAGCUGGAGCAUCACAGCCUGGCAACGCUGCAGGAUCAACUAAGCAUAAUGGCGGUGGAUGCUCGCAAGGAUAGCAACAACUACGGCCAAAUCGCAGGCGUCAUACUUAACGGCAUCCUACGUCCAGGUGACACAGAACAGGCGCUGGAAAAGUUGCAGCAGAGCACCGAUGCAAACUAUAAGAAAAUAUUUGAACUGCUUUACGGCCACAGCCUACAGGUGGAUCUCUUUGCACGCUACAGUGUCGAGGACAUUUUCGAUGUGCGCAUCCUAUCAGUGGAUGCACGCUAUCGCGGACAGGGCAUUGCCAAGGAGCUGGUGCGACGCGCCGAGCAGGUGGCACGCAAAUCUGGCUUUCAGCUGCUUAAAGCCGAUGCCACCGGCAUCUUCUCACAAAAGAUUCUGUGCUCGCAGGGCUUCCAGCCGUUCUCCGAGCAGCUCUAUGCCAAAUAUACAAAUGAUGCGGGCGAGAUUCUGUUGCCGGUGGAGGCGCCGCACAUUAAGCUGCAGCUGCUGACCAAACAGCUCAAGAAAGACACAGAGUAGAAGCUACAAAA